AUGGCCAAGUCCACUCCCUCUGCUGCUAAGCGGGUGCCGGCUAAAGGCAACUCUAAGGCGCCGAAGUCGUCAAUCUCCAAGAAGAGCAAGCCUUCUGCCGCGCCCUCUCAAGGGCUCACUCACGUAUCUAGUAUAACCUAUAAAGACCUUAAGGUCGGGACGCAAGUCAUGGCUGCGAUACAGGAUAUCUCUCCUGAUGCGCUCAUUCUAGAUUUGCCUUUCAAUAAGAUGGGAAUCGUGAAAGGUAUAUCUAAUAUGGUCGAUGAAGAUGACAUUAGUAAACACAUGAAACAGGGCAACGUUGCAUUGAAGAGCUUCAAGGCUCAGCAUAGGUUCCGUAGAGGUCAGCUUGUGACCGCGGCUGUUAUUGCCAACGAUGGCAGUGGUAGAGAGGGGUCGAUCCAACUCUCGUUGUUGCCAUCUGUCCUCAAUGCUGGGCUAACGUCUAAGACCAUGAAACCUCACAUGUGGCUGCCUGCUACUGUGCUCACUGAGGAGGCUCACGGAUACGUUUUGAGUUUCGGCAUUGAUGGAGUCACUGGCUUCCUGAAGAAGAGCGAGCUACCUGCUCCAACAGAUAAAGUAGAGACGACUAAGGGAGUGAACCCUUUGCUCGAGAUGUCGGCUAGAGACAACGAUGCUCCCGAGGCUGAACAGAUGAGGCUAGGGACACUGGUGUAUGUGCGUGUAUUGGAUAAUGACCCUUCCAAUAAGACGAGUCUGCAGUGUAGCGCUAAAGCGGGUAAUGUGGAAGAAAGUGAUAGAAUAGGAGCCCCUAAGAAGAAGGCUAGCAAAAAGAGUGCCGGAAUUCAAGUUGAUUUCAUGGGACCGUUAAAGGGUGUUGUGCAUCAACAUCAUCUGCUACACCCCAUCCUCAAUGACACGGAUGUGACGAUGACUACCAACCUCAAGGUUGGCCAAUCGGUGACGGCGAGGGUACUCGCAGUACUGGCAGACCCGUCGUCGCACACAAGGGCGGUGUACUUAACGUUGUUGCCUAACCUCAUACAGUGGAAGGGUAUUAAGAGUCAAGUAGAGGCUGGCACGACCAUUGAGGCGGCUAGGGUUAUUGAUGUGAUUCCGAAGGAUUGCACGCGGUUCGUUGCAGGAGGGAAUCUCAUGGUUGCUCAUGCUACUCGAUGCAGUCUACCAUAUAGGCAGCCCGGCGCUGUCGGGAAGAAGACUGAUGUCAGGGCUCUGGGGAGUAAUCUCCUAGAGAUGUCUGUACAGGUCAGCGCAGAGGAGAAGGUCCUGGCAGCCUCUGUAGUGAAUCUUCAACAAGUUUCGGCUGGUAUGGUAUUCGAUAAAGCAGUGAUUGAGCACUUCGACAACGAGAAGGGCCUCAUCGUCAGCCUCAGUGAUUUCGUUACUGGAAGGGUUCCAAAGGAGCAAUGCACCGACCAGGGUAAUCAGAGGAAGCUUCCUAAAAGAUAUGCGGAGGAGAAGGCGGAGAUCCGCGUCAGGGUUCUCAAUGUGGACCCUGUGAGGCGACAGGUUACCCUCACAGCUAAGAAGUCCCUUGUCGGUCGACCGGAUGAGGAGGUGCCGAGAGCCCUCAUCAGAAACGCUGAUGCGAGCGUGGGGGAUGUUGUAGUCGGGUACGUGAGUAAGAUACUUGACCAUGGUGGCUGCAUAGUGAAAUUCUUUGGUGAGGCAUUCGGCUUGCUACCUAUUGUCACGGAGGGCUGUGCUCACGAAGGAGCUCUUGUGAAGGUGAGGGUUGUGAGUAAGAACGACUCGCCUAAGGGCACUAGGCUGAGGCUACAGCAAGUGAACAGUAUGGAAGAUUCUACAAUGGGAGAGAUUACUAAGGUUGGCGAUGUCCUGACAGUUGAGACCAUUGAGGGAGCGGAUAAGUGUAGUGGUGGUCGACAGUGUGUGAAGAUCCGAUGUGUGGGAGGUACGGACGUGUUAGUGCCAGUGAUGCAGUUGGCAGACGAUCCUGAUAUGGCAGUGGCUGUGAUGGAGCGUGUUGAGAAAAAGGAAGAUUUGCAACAUUUCCCGCUCGCCAAGGUUCUAGUGACUGCUGUUAUGAACGAUGGUACGGUAGAGGGUACGUGUAAGCCGGUACUGGUCGAAGACGAGAAGUAUAGGGAGCUCCUUGGCAUCAGUCAGGAGGAGAUACCCUCGAAGGUUAAGGUGGGGGAAGGCCUUGUUGGUUUCGUGUCUAACGUGACCACCUUUGGUGCAUUUGUUCGUGUCGGUGGGGUUACUGGUCUGGUACCGAAACCCAAGUUGGCAGAAGGCUUCGUUGAGGAGGUUUCUGAGGCGGUUGAGGUUGGCCAGACUGUCACUACUGCAGUGGUGUCGUCGGUUGAUGCUGAGAGGAAUAUGUUCAAGAUGGAUAUGCAACCUCGCGCGGUGGCGGCGGUCAGCGAAUUAUCAGCUCGGGAGGAGCUCAGGGCUGCGGCGAAGUUGAGGCUUGAGAAGUGGUUGGGGAGUGGUAGGAUACCCCAGAGGGGACAGGUGGUCGAUGCCAAGGUUGGCAAGAAGAAGCCCUAUGGAUGGAUGCUUGAAUUGACUAAGUUCGAGGCUGCUGCUGGACUGUUGUUGAAAAUGGGAGUUGGGGAGUUGGAGAGUGGCAGUGAUGUGAAGGUUAAGGUUGUUGACGUUGACGUCGUGAGAUCUGUUGUGUACGCGUGCAAGAUUGGAGAAGAGGCUAAAGCAGUGGAGACUAACCAUGUGUGCAGGUACCCUGUUGGUUCGGUUGUUUCUGUGCGAGUGGUGGGUUCAUCUCAUGUGACGGCCUUCUCGGCUAGUGGUGCCAAUCAGUGGAACAUCAGCGUGAGAGAUCCGAAGAAGGAUAAGGAAGAUUGCAAGUUGUACAAGUGGAAUGCAGCUUCCCUUUGUGCGGCUCCUUUGGUUGGUUGCGCCGUCUCUUCGGUGAACGACGAUGAGAUGUUUAUCAUGGUCGACAUUCCUGGGGUGGAGAUGAGCUCACAUACGCAGUUGGAGGCUGGCAAGUUGGGCAAUAUGACUAAGGCGCAGAAGGCUAAAUUUUUCCGUCAGCAUCUUGGUGACCAUGAUGAUACCUCCAGCAACUACUGCAAGGUGAUGCUGGGCAAGUUGCGUGCUGUGGACCUGCCCAAAGCUGUGGAGGAGUAUAAGCCUGGACAUCUGCUAAGUGGUGAGGAAGUGAGGGCCUUUGAGGUGGUCACUAAGAAGAAGAUAGAGCUCACUGCUGUGGAGGAGGUGAAGGAGGGCUCUGUGGUUACUACCGCUCGAGUAUCCAGCCAUAAGUCGGCUGCGAUCCAGCGUAUAGUGGAGCUCCCUGGUGGUCAUAAGGGGAGGCUUCAUGCUACUAUGGCAUGUGAUGAUUGGAGGGCAAAUCCUUUGUCUCCGCUGACACCGGGUAUGCUAGCACCGGCGUUACUGGUGGUCAGCCUCGGUAGUGGCCGUACUCCUACUGAGCUCUGCCUCAAGUCGAUCAGCCGGGCUCAUGUGAAGGGUCUUCCUAAGGGAGCCAAAGACCUCAAGGAAGGAGGGAAGGUCUCUGGAUAUGUAGCUAGCGUGAGCUCUUCGGGAGUCUUCGUCGCACUUUCACCGUGGCUGACCGGUCGUGUUUUGCUCGGCAACGUCGCGGAGCAUCCGGUCACUCCUGAGGAAGCUGGCAAAUUAUAUCCUGUGGGUACCUCUGUGAGGGACAUAGCAAUUACUUCAGUGGACGUGACGAAGAAUAGGGUUGGUCUGGCAAUUGUGAACAAGGAUAAGAGUCAGAUUACAGAAAUUGAGGAGGGUGCUAUUAUGUACGGUCAAGUGUCUAGAAAGGACAAGGAAGGGAAGGGCUUAUUCGUUCGAAUCUCGGGGACGGGAGGUCAACAUGGUCAUUGCUCUGCUAAGGACCUAUUUGACGGCAAGGGGGAUGCUAAGGCGUUGAAGGAAGCUGUCGGCAGCUAUAAGGUCGGUACGAAGGUCCGUUGUCGCAUCCUGUCGGUGAAGGGGGAUGGAAAGAUUAAUAUCGGAUUGGCGAAGAAGUAUUUCCCUGAAGAUGAGACUGUGGUAGAGGAGGUUGAAGAAGAGGAAGAGAGUGAUGAUGAUGAUGAGGAUGUUGAAAUGGAAGAGGAAAUUGCUGAGACGAGUGAAGCCCCAUCCCCUUCUAUUGAGGAGGACGAGGAAGAGGAAGACGUUGAAGGUGCAUCUGAGGACGACGAAGAGGGAGUUGGUCAGUUUGGGUUCGCUGAAGCAAACAUGUUUGCCGAUGAGGAGGAGGAAGAUGAUGAAGAGGAGAAUGAUGAUGCUGAGGAAGAGGAAGAUGAUGAUGAUGAUGCUCCACCAGCUGAGCCCGCACAUGACGCUAUGGAGGAUAGUGAUGUUAGUGAGGAUGAGAAGGAGGAUGAGCAGAAAACUGGUAGUGGUAGUAAGAGAUCGGCCCGUCAGAAGGCUCGGGAGCGUCGUGAGCGAGAGAAGGAGACUAGAGAGGUUGAGUUGGCCAAUGCUAGUGGUGAUUGGAAAAGGAAUCCUCGGGGACCUGAUGAUUUCGAACGACUGGUGCUCAUGUCAUGUAGUGCUUCGUCAACUCCCGACAUGCCUAGUGCAUCGGAGGUAUGGAUACAGUAUAUGGGGUAUUGGAUGCAGCUUGCCGAAAUACAGAGAGCUCGGGAGUGUGCGGAGAGAGGUAUAAAGCAACGACUAGGUUUCAGAGACGAACAGGACAGACUUAAUCUGUGGAUAGCAUAUCUCAAUUUAGAAGCGCAUAUAUGUGUUGAGGGGGGACGGAAAAAAGAUGCCCUGAAGAGAGUUGAGGAUCUCUUUAAGAGAGCUGCUAGCUAUAAUGACUCGAAGAAAGUUCACAUGGCAAUGUGUGAUGUAUGGGCGAGAGCUGGCGCGGAAGAUCUCGCACUAGAGGCUUACAAACGGACGGCUGAGAAAUUCGGGCAUUCUAAGAAAGUGUGGAUGAAAUAUCUUGAAUUCCUGUACUCUACUGGUAAACUCUCGGAAGCUCGACAGAAUUGUUUGCCUCGGGCGUUGAGGUUGACAGAUAGACGGAAACACUCGUUGAUUGCCACUAGAGCGGCUAAGUUGGAAUACAAGUAUGGCACGGUUGAACGAGGCAAGACGAUAUUUGAAUCGUUAUUGGCAUCUCAACCGAAACGGCUUGAUAUUUGGUCAGUGUAUUUGGAUGAACAUAUCAAUGCAAAUAAGGAAGAUGCAGACCAGGUGCGGUCGGUGUUCGACCGGGCGGUUACACUGAAGUUGAAGCCAGCGAAAAUGAAGUUCUUCUUCAAGCGUUGGGUUAACUUCGAGCAGUCCUAUGGCGAUGUAGAUCAUCUCGAUUUGGUGAAGGAUAAAGCUCGAGAAUACGUUAUGGCUCUCGAGAAAAGCCGCCGAGCUGAUGAUAUUGGGGAGGAAGGGGAAGAAUGA